UAUACCAUUUACAGUCUUUUCUUCAUCCAUGUGGAUUCAGAUUUUCAGAUGUGUUAAAUAUUAACAUUUCAGAUUAACAAAUCAUUAACAAACUAAAUUCCACAGGUAUUGUUUCUUAGGGUGUGUUAUGGUUCAGUACAGAGUCUUACAGUUGGAGUAACACACUUGUAAAUAAGACCAGGGCUGCUGCAAUUGUUAUUUUAUUUAUUUUAUUUUUUUAAACGUGAGAAUUGUGCUUAUCCUCUUAAACUGGUUAACUGCUUUCACAUCAUUGCUGUAAUAUCCAGCCGUACCUGUUUUCACCCUGUGUAUCUUCCGUCCGUUCACCAAGCCACUCCUUACCUCCACGUCAACGUUAUUCAUUUCCUACACAAAGUGUUGCUGUGGCAUUAGUGUAUCCUGUCAUAGCUGGAGAAGCUGGUGUGGCUGCUGUCCCUCCCUAAUGCCUGUUUCUCCAGGCUAUGCACGUCUUAACCAAAAUGAGCCUAUGAACUCUUUGCGCAUCUCUGUUGGAGGGCUCCCGAUGCUGGCUUCCAUGACUAACACCACCGACUCCCGCUUCCGCAUCAAAUGGAAAGCCAUUGUGGUGAUCGCAUUAGCACUAACCCUCGUCCUCCUUAUCUACAUGCAUCUUUUGCCCUUUCACCCCCAACCCAGAGGCAAAUAUGGUUUGAGGUUAAACCAUCAGGAGGUGAGAACGGAGGGCCAUUACAAUGACACAUACCCCCUCAGUCCACCAGAGCGCACGGCACAGGGCAUACGCUACCGUAUAGGGCUCAUCGCUGACCUCGACACGAACUCACUCAGCGACAAGAAGCUGACCUGGUUUAGCUACAUGCUGAAGGGUUACCUCCUGGUGUCGGAGAGUGGAGAUACAGUGGCGGUUGAAUGGGAUCAGGACAGGGUGGUCUUGGAAAGCCACCUGGCAGAGAAGGGUCGGGGCAUGGAGCUCUCUGAAUUAGUGGUGUUUAAUGGCAAACUGUACAGCGUUGAUGAUCGAACGGGUGUUGUAUAUAACAUAGAUGGACUCAAGGCAGUGCCCUGGGUCAUACUGCCUGAUGGGGAUGGCUCGGUUUCAAAAGGGUUUAAGGCUGAGUGGCUUGCAGUGAAGGACGAGCACUUAUAUGUGGGGGGUUUGGGGAAGGAGUGGACCACCACCAGUGGAGAAGUGCUGAAUGACAAUCCUGAGUGGGUAAAAGUGGUGGGAUUCAACGGAGAUGUACAGCACCAGAACUGGGUCCCUAAGUACAAUGCUCUCCGCAGCGCUGCAGGCAUCAGUCCGCCCGGGUACCUCAUACAUGAGUCUGCAGCUUGGAGCGACACAUUGCAGCACUGGUUCUUCCUGCCACGACGUGCUAGCAGCAAGCAAUACGAUGAGACAGCAGAUGAGCGAAGGGGCACCAAUCUAAUGCUCAGCUGCUCCCCAGACUUCCAGGACAUUAAAGUGAGAAAUGUUGGGCCCCUGAACCCUACGCAUGGCUUUUCUUCAUUCAAGUUUAUCCCCAACACAGAUGAUCAGAUUAUUGUUGCCCUAAAGUCUGAGGAGGAUGCUGGGAAAAUCGCCACUUACAUUGUGGCGUUCACCCUAGACGGCAGAAUCCUGCUUUCUGAAACAAAGAUUGGGGACGUGAAGUAUGAGGGACUUGAAUUCAUUUAGUGUCAGAGGGAUUUGUCUGAAGGUAAAUACCUUCUUUUAGAUGAUGUACAUCUAGAUGUGGACAUUGAGGUGUCUUUUUGUUGAAAUAGUUGAAUGAUGUUCAAAUAAUGCCAACUGGCUAUUGGCAGCCAUUGCCUAAAGAGACUUAAAGAUUUAGUACAUGUUGAACCUUUAUUUUACUUUAUUUUUAGUUUACUUUACUUCAUUUUAAGAGACAUAUCAGAGCCUUCAUCAACAGUUUUUCAUUGCCAUAUUCAACACUGACCAUUAGUGGUUUCACGAAGGUACUGUACUUACCAUGUAAUGAAUGUAACAGAAUGAAUGAAGUGAAGUCUAUAUGAAGACUAUAGUACAUGCAUAAAAUAGUUUACUGUACACACAUUAUAGCAGUUACCAUGUGGUUUUGUUGAAUGUCUUUUUUUUUUUAAUUGUGCAUUUUUUUUUUACUUUCUUGAUAAGUGUCUUAAGCAGAUCAUCUACUUUUAAAAAGAACUCUUAAAAAAACUGAACUGUCACAAAAUGAACUUUACUUUUCGUUGAUGCACUAGAGCUGCUUAUUUGUUGUUGCUGUUUUUUUUUUUGUUUUUUUUUUUUUUUUGAAAACAACAGAUUGAAGGGUUUUUUUUAAAGAAAGAGUUAAGUGUACCUCAUUUUCUUUAACCAAUUGCUUGAAUCAGUCAUAAUCUCUAAAUGGCCAAAAUUACAUAUUUGAGUUUUUCUUG